AUGUCCAAUUGUAAAUUAUGGUCGAUCGGCAGUUUGCGUUUGCGCGUCGUGUGCGCCAUCGCGCUCGCAUUGACCAUCGAAGGAUUGAUGCGAUCGAAUCUCAAUAUGGCGAUAGUGUGCAUGCUCAAUAGUACGGCGCUUUCCGACGGCCGAUCGUCUCUGCACAAUGCGAAUGAGACGACGACGCCGCAUCGAGCCGAAUGUCCGAUGCUGGUGAUGGGAAGCAAAGAGCACGUGGAUUAUCACGGCACGAUCUUCUGGAGCUCACAGGAACGAGCGGUGAUCUUCGCAUCGUUCUACGUCGGCGGUCUCGCGGCGACACUCUUCUCCGAGAAAUUGAUUCGAUGCGUCGGCUCGACGAAAACCGUGCUCUAUGGUGCCAUCGCCAACGUUCUCGGCACAUUCGUCACACCAUUCGUCGCCUCACACAGCGAGUUGGGCACGAGUCCGCUGAUCAUGGUGCGGUUCAUCAUGGGAUUCGGACAAGGUGUUCUAUGGCCGUGCAUGAGUGUGCUCAUCGCCCACUGGUUUCCGGUUGAGGAGAAAUCGACGGCGUUGGCUAUUGCGACGACAGGCAAUCAGCUCUCCGUGGUGAUCGCAAUGUUCGCCACAGCCGAGCUCUGCCAGCUGCCACUCGGUUGGCCGAUGGCGUUCCACGUGUACGGUGUGCUCGGCAUCGCGUUGUGCAUCAUCUGGUGGCUGUUCGUCUACGACACGCCGGCCGACGCCGCCGGCGUGAUAUCCAGCGACGAGCUGGAGCAUAUAUCGAAGCUCGGCAAAAAGCAUCGGCCCGUCAAAGCCAACUGGAAGGCGCUUCUCACCUCGCCGGUCGUCUGGGCCGUCGCCGCUUCGUCGUUCGCCCACAAUUACAUCACCGUCGGCAUUAUCACCUAUUUGCCGCUUUAUUAUAAGACCGUCCUCAAUAUGAGCUUGACAUCGAAUGGCGUCCUUUCUGCGAUCCCAUUUGUUGGACAAUUUGUCUCGAAAGUCGCGUAUGCUUCGAUUGCCGAUCAGGCGAAGGCGAGGAAAUGGAUGAGUGUUGACGCGGUCACCAAAAUAUCAAAUUCGAGUGCAUCGUUUGGAAUCGCGAUAUGCUUCGGAAUUCUGUGCUUUUGCGAUUGCUCGAAUCGCGUUUUUGCGAUCUUUUUGAUAUUCAUGGCGAUGGCAUUUGUUUCUGGCUACAUUCCCGGCUAUAAUACUAGUGUCGUUACGAUUGCACCAUCACAAACCGCCGCCAUCGCCUCCUACACGAGACUUUGGGCUCAAAUCGCCUCUUCACUGGCGCCAUACUUGAUUGGUGCAACCACCAAGCAGGGAAGCGCCGAAGAAUGGCGAAUCGUUUUUCUCGUCAUUGUGCUAAUUUGUGUUGUCACCGGAGCGUUCUUCCAGUGUUUCGGAUCAGCCGAUAUUCAAUCAUGGGAUUUCGACGAAUCGAGACUGCCGGCUGAGAUUGCCCGCGAGGAGCUCAUCGAUCGCACGAAAUACGAUGAAACCGCGAAAGUCAUCAAUGAAUAG